ACAAGCUGGCUCGAAUUGCCUGUGGCUAACGAUAACUGAACCAAAGCGCGAGCACGGAUGCUGCCUCUGCUCAUCAUUUCUCUUUCCCUCUUUCUUAUUAUUGCUUUGCUCAUCAAGUUCCUUACUGCUGAUGGGGACUUCACGUUGAUGUCUAGGAGGCAUGUAAAGCGCGAAGAAAUUGAAGAUAAGAUUGUUUGGAUUACUGGAGCUAGCCGUGGAAUAGGUGAGAUUCUUGCUAAACAAUUGGCGAGUUUGGGUGCCAAACUCAUUCUUUCUGCUCGGAACGAAGCUGAAUUAGAGCGAGUUAAGAAGGAACUUACGGGCAAACAUGCUCCUGAUGAAGUGAAGAUUUUACCUUUGGAUUUGGCAUCUAGUGAAGAUUCUCUUAGAGAGGCAGUGGAAAAAGCAGAGUCCUUUUUCUCUGGAGCCGGUGUUGAUUACAUGGUCCAUAAUGCAGCCUAUGAGCGCCCUAAAUCAACAGCUCUAGAUGUAACUGAAGAAAGUCUCAAGGCUACAUUCAACAUUAAUGUUCUGGGGACAAUAUCUCUUACAAGGCUACUGGCAACUUUCAUGCUUAAGCGAGGGAGGGGCCAUUUUGUUGUGAUGAGCAGUGCCGCUGGCAAGGUGCCUGCCCCAGGACAGGCAGUAUACUCUGCUUCUAAAUUCGCUCUAAAUGGUUAUUUUCAGUCCUUGCGUUCUGAGCUCUAUCAAAAAGGAAUUAAGGUGACCGUUGUUUGUCCUGGGCCAGUAGAAACUUCAAAUGGCUAUGGAGUGACAACCCCAGCGAGGAAGGGUUCUGAGAAACGUGUGUCGUCAGAAAGGUGUGCAGAAUUGACAAUAAUUGCAGCAACUCACGGAUUAAAAGAAGCUUGGAUAUCACGCCAGCCUGUACUAGCUGUUUUGUAUCUAGUACAAUACAUGCCAACCAUUGGCUACUGGUUCAUGGAUAAGAUUGGGGGGAAGCGAGUUGAAGUGGCUGCACAGAGAGGCAACACAUACUCGUGGAACUUACUGUUUGGAAAGAAGGAGGCCUAAAUUUCUUCUGAUAGGAAUUGGGUUCAUGCAGAGAUGCUUGUCAACAAAUGCAAGCCCAUCAAAACUCGUGUUUUGUAGUUACAGAACUCGUUCAAUGACACGAUGAUUAGCAUAUCUUAUUAUCUUUGAAAUCUUUAAAUUUGAUAAAAGUGCUGUUUAAAUCUCUUACUAUUUUUUAAGAUUUUAUGAAAAACAUUUUCUUUAAAA